AUGACGAGCACCGAACUCUCCACCCAGCCCCCUCCAACGCCCACCUACAUCCUCUCCUACCCCGCCGACUACGUCCUGCUCAUAACCAUCAACCGGCCCAAAGCAAUGAACUCCCUCCCCUACGCCUCGCACUGGGAAGCCGACGCCCUCCUCCACUGGUUCGACCGCGAGCCCUCCCUCCGCAUCGCAGUCCUCACCGGCGCAGGCAAAGCCUUCUGCGCAGGCCAGGACCUCAUCGAGCAACGCGACCUCACGAACCUCCGCGAGCGCGCGGCGAAAGGGGAGAAGGUGAAGUUCCCGGAGCGACAGCUGUUGACGCAUCCGACGAGCGGGUUUAUGGGGGUUAGCAGACGAGCGGGGAAGAAGCCUGUUAUUGCCGCCGUCAAUGGAUGGGCGAUGGGCGGCGGGUUUGAGAUUUGUCUCGGCUGCGAUAUGAUUGUUGCCAGUCCGAAGGCGACGUUCGGUCUCCCGGAGGCUAUGCGGGGAUUAUAUGCUGGUGCUGGCGGGUUGUCGAGGUUGGUGCGGUUGGCGGGCAUUACGAUUGCGAGUGAAGUGGCGAUGAGCGGGAGGUUUCUUUCUGCGGAUGAGGCGGCGCGGUACUUGAUUGUGAACAAGGUGUCGAAGACGCAUGAGAGUUUGCUGCCAGAGGCGAUUGAGCUGGCAUCCAAGGUGGCGAGUCUGAGUCCGGAUUCGAUCAUCGUUACCCGGCACGGACUACGGCAGAGCUGGGAGAGUGGAAGCGUGGAGCGGGCGAGUCAGGAGACGGAGCUACGGUAUGGAACCGCCUUACGAGAAGGCGAGAACCUGGGCAUUGGCUUGCGAGCGUUUGCAGAUAAGAAAGCGCCGAAAUGGGUGCCUUCCAAGCUAUAA